GUCGAAAGGUCGUCGAAGUUCUCGCGAAGUUGGCCAAAGCGUAAUCGUUUCCAUCCCAUCCAUCCUUCCGUCACAAUACAGAUAGAACUGCACAGUCUUACUCUGCUGGGGUGCACCGACCAUUCCAACGCCCCACUUUGACGCCAUUCUCCGCCCCUCGACACCUUCUUCCUUCAAUAAUGUUCCGCCUCGCGAACACCCGGGUCAUAUGUCGACUUACAGGACUGUACGGAGCACGUAGCCACCCGUCGCACGUAAUACGGAUGCGACAAACGGUCACGGGAAGGCAGUCCCUGCACACGGAGGCCUUCACCGAACGUAAACGCGGUGUACCUGCUGGCAUCAUUCUCUCACUCAUUCCGCUAGCUCUGGCUGCGGCUUGGUACGCCUAUACGUACAAUACCUUUCCGCCGAGUAGCAGGCGGUACGUACGGAGAGCGACAAUGAAACAUUACUACACCAAUGAUCCUCAAGGAGCUGUUGUGGAGUAUCUGAGAGCUGUGGAGGAGUGCAAGAAAGCAGGAUUAGCAGACCAUUCGAACGAGAUCACCGGGCUUCUGCUUCGUUUAGCCGAAUUGUAUGACGAGAGACUGGAAAGUCCCCGGGAAGCCGUCACUGUCUAUUCCUCAGUCCUUGGUCUGCUGUAUGAGGAUCUGUCCAAAGAUGCAGGUUCAGCAGGGACAGAGCAUAACAGGAAGAUGGUGGGCAUUGCUCAGAAACUCGGGGACAUCUACGCCAGGUCUGGGGACGAUCAGCAGCGGCUGAAGCUGGCAGAACGCUAUUACGAAUGGGGCAUCCAGAGAAUGCUUGGUUUCAAGAACCCGCCACCGCUGAUAUACGACGAUGACGAACUGGCGGAUUCCCGUGCCGACGCUGCCGACGAGCCAACGGCCUCUAGUGUGCCCAAGCUGCCGCCGGCUCCACCACAGUGGGUAGCGCCAAGUGACUUGGGCGCUAGUGUAGAGGCUCUCGCCGCGGUAUAUAGGAAACAAGGGAAAUCCAUUCUAUCACUUUCGGUGUACAUGCGGGCGCUGGGAGCGUUACAGAAUGACUUCACGGUUCAAGGUCCCGCUCGGUUUUGUCGGCAGGCCAUCCUGGAAAAUAAUAUUGCCGAAUGUUAUCUGGAUUUGGCGCCCAUCAACGAAAAAUAUGCAAAUGAGGCUAGGACUUGGGCUGGAAGAUCCCUGACCCAUGCCCAACAAGCUGGGCCCGAGACGUGUGGGGAUUGUCUGAUUUGUGCAAAGUGUAACUUGGGAGAGGUGGCGCGAGCCUUGAAGGACUUUGGAAGAGCUCGAGAGUGCUUUACCGAGUGUCGGAAAAUGGCCACUGAUGCUGGAUAUUCUGAUGGGGUGCAGGCUGCGAACCGAGGCUUGGAGGCGCUAAAAGGUUGAGGGAGAAAGGAAAACAAUUCACUUCUUCACUGACAUGGGAUAGCAACACGGCGUAACAAUCACAUAUGCAU